CUCUUUUUUUAUCCCAAUCCAAACUUGAGGCUGUGGCUAAAGUUAGAUUGGCCUGCGCAGGGGUAUAUAAACCUCCGGGGAUGUUUGUAUGAUGCGGCUUCACCCUGUCUUCUCUUUCUUGAACAUCUAAACCUCCACUCAAUCCGUCUAAAGAUGGCACCAAAGAAGGCCAAGAGGAGGCAGGCAGCAGGAGACAGUGGUUCCUCCAAUGUGUUCUCCAUGUUUGAGCAGAGCCAGAUUCAGGAGUACAAGGAGGCCUUCACAAUCAUUGACCAGAACAGAGAUGGCAUCAUCAGCAAAGACGACCUGAGGGACGUGCUGGCCUCUCUGGGUCAGUUGAACACGAAGAAUGAGGAGCUGGAGGCCAUGAUCAAGGAGGCCAGCGGCCCAAUCAACUUCACUGUCUUCCUCACCAUGUUCGGAGAGAAGCUGAAGGGUGCUGACCCCGAGGACGUUAUCCUUACCGCUUUCAAGGUCCUGGACCCCGAGGCUACUGGAUCCAUCAAGAAGGAAUUCCUCGAGGAGCUCCUGACCACUCAGUGUGACAGGUUCACCAAGGAUGAGAUUAAGAACAUGUGGUCCGCCUUCCCCCCCGAUGUUGCCGGCAACGUAGACUACAAGAACAUCUGCUACGUCAUCACACACGGAGAAGAGAAGGAGGAGUAAAGAGAAAGCUAGAAGACAAGAAAGAAAACAAUCCCUUUGCUAUUCUGCCUUCCCUUCCCUUUCCUUUCUUCCUCCUCCUCCCUGCUCACCCUCUGUGUUAACCCAUGUGCUCAGCCACUCAUGUUCAAACCAAAGACUUGUCAUAAGGACACAUGAGAGGCCUGAUGCCCAUGGGGUGUCUAUGUUUGCUUAUGGGGAAUAGGGAUGAUUUUCAAUAAAAUGAUCCUAAAAAAAACAAAUUCCAUCCACAAGCCUCUCUUAUACACCUUUCCUUUCCUGGCCAACAAUCUUCUGUCGUCUCACCUCGACACCUUGGUCUGCACCGUCACUUCAGCCUCUGAGGUGCUAGUGUGAAUGAAACGUGUCCCUCUGCCUCCCUCAGACUCUGAGAGGGGAACGGGUUUUAUAGCUGAGAGGUGCUACACAAAGUACAAGGACUUCAUUCCAAAUUUUGAAGAUGUCCUCCUGGGUAGAAGAGGUGGGGGGAGGGAGAGCAUUGGCAGGUCAGAGAGGGAAAAAAGUUGCCUCCUUAAAGUGACGACAACUUUUCUUUUUCUUGUGAAAGUGUUUAAAAAUUACAGAGGGAGGGGAGAGAAAGGGCCGAAAGAAAACAUUCAAGUCUUCGAUUUCUUUCUCCCCGCUCCUUCCUGCAACUAUGAAAUCACCUUCAUUUUGCCAUAAGCUGUCUCCACUUCAGUGCCUGGAAUCUUCCACACCUUUCCUCUGUAACGAAUAAAAGGGAAAAAACUGUGAAUAAAAUCUCUUUCUUUUUGUACAA